AUGAAGCUUAUGGCCUGCAUCGUUGCUCUCAUCGGUGCCGUGACUACCAUCGCUGUCACGCCUGCCAAUGCUACGUCCUGCCCCAGGACUCUGGGGUGCGGAAACGAGUACUCAGAAUCCAACAUUGAGGUCGGCAAUUGCUGCGAGAAACGAGGCGGAGACUUCGCGGCGUGUUGCGCUGCGAGUUGCAGCACUGGCAGCCCGUGUGGCUAA